ACUGUUGAAUUCGAAUUUUUUGAAUCGGAAUCUCGUGCGAUCCCUUUCAAGUCACAACAAACCCAAAUUUCAAAUCCAAACCUCAUGUAAAUCAUAAAAUACCAUCAGAGGCAAUUAUUGUAGUACUUUUAUAUAUUUACAUAAUUAGCAAGGACGGAGGAGAGAUCUCACCCAGAAGAUCAACGAAAUGAGUAUCCAGACUUCAGGAAAGAGAUUAGAAGGUAAGGUGGCGCUGGUAACCGGGGGAGCCAAUGGCAUAGGAGGAACUGCAGCUAGACUCUUUGUCAAACAUGGUGCCAAGGUCCUCGUCGCAGAUAUCCAAGACAAAUUAGGCCAUUCCCUUUGCCAAGAACUCGGAAACUCGGAAAGUAUCAGCUACGUCCACUGCGAUGUUACAUCUGAAUCUGAUGUAAAAAAUACAGUGGACUUUGCUAUCUCUAAGUGUGGAAAACUCGAUAUCAUGUUCAACAACGCCGGUAUAAUGAGCUCAGAUGCUACAAUCUUGGGUGCAGACAGCGAAAAUUUCAAGGUAGUCUUUGACGUCCAUGCAUUUGGUGCAUUUUUGGGAGCCAAAUAUGCUGCCAGGGUAAUGGUUCCAGCCAAGAAAGUUGCAUAUUGUUCACGGUAAGUAUGGCAUCUGUGUCCUUCGGAUGGCCUCAACAUGCAUAUGUGGCAGCAAAGUGUGCAGUUGUGGGCUUAGCCAAGAACCUGGCUGUGGAACUGGGGCAAUAUGGGAUAAGAGUUAACUGCAUUUCUCCAUUUGCAGUGGCAACCCCGAUGCUGACAGAACCCUUAGGGAUAACCAAGAAGAAAGCAGAGUAGGUGGUUUGUUCCACGGCUACCCUGAAGGAAACUGUGCUAGAAGCAGAGGACAUCGCGCAGGCAGCUCUGUAUUUGGCAAGUGAUGAGUCCAAGUAUGUGAACGGAGUCAACUUGGUGGUUGACGGUGGUUAUAGCCUCACCAACCCCUCUUUAUCAAUGGCUCUCAAGAGUCUCUAUAGCUUACCCUCUUGAACUUCUUUUUUCUCUAGGAAAACAGAGGUGCUCUGUUAUGCUCUGUCUCUCCCUUUAUUUUCUUCCAUGUUUCAAUAAACAGAGUUGUCAAGU